UGCGUCAGGAUGGCUUUGCGGCGUCGCCAGAGCAAGAAGGUGAAGGAGCUGACCGAGGACCAGCUGACCGACAUUAAGGAGGCCUUUGAGCUCUUCGACACCGACGGCUCCGGAUCCAUCGACUCCAAAGAGUUGAAGGUGGCGAUGAAGCAGCUGGGCUUCGACACCUCCGAGGAGGAGAUCGACCGCAUGAUCCGCGACGUGGACGCCGACGACAGCGGCGAGAUCGACCUGGAGGAGUUCAUGAGCAUGAUGACGAAGAAGAUGCUCAACAGGGAUCAUAAAGAGGAGAUGAUGGCGCUCUUCCGAUUCUUUGACCGCGAGGGCACCGGGAGGAUCACGUUGGAGAAUCUGAUGCGUGGUAGUCAGGAGGUGGGCCAGGACUUUUCGGAGGCCGACCUCAUACUCAUGAUCAGGGAGGCCGACCAGGACGGGGACAGCCAACUGAACGAGGAG